AUGACGGUCUUCGUGGUAUCACUCUUUCUCCCUAAUACAAUAAACUUUGAGCUCCCUAGCUCGACCUCGACAACAUUCCCCAACCGAGGGCGUCGUACAAGACCUGCUGCCCCGAAGCAUGCCGCAGCCAGGAUUGAAACAGAGCAAAAGCCCAGCCUUUUCGCACAAAAAGACAUCACGCCCCCACAGACACCAAUAGCGGAUAUAGAUCAUGAGGAAUUCUUUGCUCAGAACGAGAACCCGGAACUGCGUCAAGUUUUCCCUAAGCUCAACAACAUAGCCCCAAGUGAUCCGCACUCGCCAGCAUGGGGUUCCGGGCGGCUUUUCAUCCAACCGCCAUCCCGAGCUAGCUCUCCUCCUCCAGCCGAUAUAUUGAAACACAAUAAAACAGCGGAGAAGGCGGCCGCGCUUGGUCGAGCUGGUGUUCGCCAACCGCAGAGUGGACGGAGUGUGAGCCAUGAUCGUGUCUUUGCACAUGCUGAUUGGACUGUAGUUCCAGCGGAUCAAGGCAAUGGGGGGCUUCGAAAUGCUGUUCAAGCAGCGGUCCGAGGCGGCAAGCUGAAUGAUAAGAUCUGGGUUGGAACAUUGGGCAUGCCGACUGAUGCUCUGGAAGACACUCAGCAAAAACAAGAUAUCGAGGACCGCCUCGCUACUGAAUACGACUCGUUGACAGUAUUCUGUAAGGACAGCGAUUUUGACGGCCAUUACACCCAUUAUUGCAAGCAGAUUCUCUGGCCCGUCUUCCACUAUCAAAUUCCUGAUAAUCCAAAGAACAAGGCAUACGAAGAUCACUCCUGGGUCUAUUAUGUCAAAGUAAACCAGGCGUUUGCAGAUAAGAUCGUUAAGAAUUGGAAGCGUGGUGAUGUCAUCUGGAUCCAUGAUUAUCACCUACUUUUGGUACCGCAAAUGGUACGCAAGAAGCUUCCAGAUGCUAAGAUUGGAUUCUUCCUCCAUGUCGCUUUCCCAUCAUCUGAAGUUUUCCGUUGCUUGGCCGUUCGCAAGGAGCUGCUGGAGGGCAUGCUAGGGGCCAAUUUGAUUGGAUUCCAGAUCCACGAGUAUGCACGGCAUUUCCUCCAGACUUGCAGCCGACUGCUCUGUGUUGAAGCUACCAAUGAAGGUGUGCAACUGGAAGAUCGCUUUGUCGAUGUUAUCAGCCUUGCCAUUGGUAUCGAUCCUGUUGCAUUGGAUAUGAACCGAACUGACCCAGACGUUGCGGAGUGGAUGAAAACGAUGCAAGAGCGAUAUCGUGGUAAGAAAUUGAUUGUUGGGAGAGAUAAGCUGGAUCACGUACGCGGUGUCCGGCAAAAGCUCCUGGCCUAUGAACUGUUCCUUAACAAGAACCCGCAGUGGCGGGACAAAGUUGUCAUGAUUCAGGUUGCUACUUCCACUACCGAGCAAUCUGAGCUUGAUGCCACUGUCUCUGAUAUUGUUAUGAGAGUCAAUUCAUCCUGGGCGAAUCUGGCGUACCAACCUCUUGUCUAUCUCAAGCAGGAUAUCAGCUAUGCACAAUAUCUGGCAUUGCUGACAGUUGCUGAUGCACUGAUGAUUGCGAGCCAACGCGAGGGCAUGAAUCUCACUUGUCAUGAGUAUCUGUUCUGUCAAGAUGGAAAAUUGGAAGGCCAUAAUAAGUUUGGCUCGCUCAUCCUGAGCGAAUUUACCGGUAGUGCUUCAGUAUUUGGUGGGAAUGAGCUAUCAGUCAAUCCCUGGGACUACCGACAGUGUGCUGAUGCCAUCAAGACGGCUUUGGAGAUGGGCGAUGAAGAGAAGAUUGAUCGGUGGAAGAAAUUGUAUACUGCUGUAAUGCACCAUACAGCGGAACACUGGUUCUCGGCUUUCUUGCAAAGGCUCGAUAUGGCUUAUGAUGAGCAGCACAAACGAGAUACGACAUCGGUUCCACGUCUGUCGCUCAAUGCCCUUGGACAUAUGUACCAGGAUUCUAAGAGAAGACUGUUCAUGCUGGAUUAUGAGGGUACAUUGGCUUCGUGGGGAUCCCCCAAUAAUAUUAUUUUGACAAGCCCUCAGCGCACAAUUGACGUCCUCAACGACCUCCUCGCCGAUGAGAAGAAUAUUGUCUAUGUGAUGUCCGGUCGACAACCCGAAGAACUCGACAGACUUUUCAAACGCGUCCCUAAUCUUGGUCUCAUCGCCGAAAAUGGCUGCUUUAUCAAAGAAUUCGGGUACUCAAAGUGGAAAGAAAUGCCCGACCCUGAAAAAAUGCGAGCUUGGCAAGAGUCUGUUGAAGGAACCAUGAGAUACUAUCAAGAGCGUACUCCCGGAUCCUGGAUUGAGAAGAGACAUUGCAGUCUCAUCUUCCAUUACAAGGACGCCGAUGAUUUCGAGAGCGCCAGUCGGCAGGCGGGCGACUGUGCAAGCCAUAUCAACGACGCGUGUGAGAAGCAGAGAGUUAGAGCUAUCCCUGUUGAUGGCGCAGUAACCGUUGAACCAAUAGAUUGGUCCAAAGGCACGGCAGCAAUGAAGAUCUUCGAGGGUCUCAAGAAGAACAUGCCUCCUAAUCUUGAUUAUACCUCUCCUAUUGAUUUCUUAAUGGUAGUUGGCGAUGGUCGAGACGAUGAAGUUAUCUUCCGCUGGGCAAAUGAGUUAGACAGAGAUGGUACGGUGGGAGCUGUCACGACUGUGAGUCUGGGAAGUCGAAACACUGAGGCUGGCUGCACCCUCACGCAAGGUGUUACAGGAGUCUUAUCAGUCCUUCAAAAGCUUGCUGCGUUCGCCUAA